CUCGCCGCCGUCGCCCGCGGCCCGGGCCUCCUCGGCCCUCCGCCCCGCAGUCCCGCACCCCGGAGCAGCGCACGGCGGCUCCGCCUCAGGCCCGCGCUCCGCCAUGCCGCUCGGCUUCAAGCCCGGAGACCUGGUUUUCGCCAAGAUGAAGGGCUAUCCGCACUGGCCCGCCCGGAUCGACGAUAUCGCCGAUGGGGCCGUGAAGCCGCCACCCAACAAGUACCCCAUUUUCUUCUUUGGGACCCACGAGACAGCCUUCUUGGGCCCCAAGGACCUGUUCCCGUACGACAAAUACAGGGAAAAGUACGGGAAGCCCAACAAGAGGAAAGGCUUCAAUGAAGGCCUGUGGGAGAUCCAGAAUAACCCCCACGCCAGCUACAGCAUUCCCCCACCUGUGAGCUCCUCAGACAGUGAGACCCCUGACAACGAUCUGGCGCCUGGGAGUGACGUGGGCGGGGAGGAGGAGGAGGAGGAGGAGGAGGAGGACGCAGAAGACGAGGAGGAGCAGCAGCAGCAAUCAGGGACCGUGGAGUCCGUGACAGAGCCGGGCAGCGACGGAGGAUCGGACCCGGAGGACAGCAUCCAUGGUGGGAUGAAGCGGAAAGGGCCUACGUUGAAGAUGCCGGGAGCCAAGAGACCUCGAAAAUCCUCCAGCGACCCAGAGGAAGCCAGUGCUUCUCCAUCAGAAGAGGAGAACUCGGAGAGCUCAUCUGAGUCGGAGAAAAACAGUGACCAGGACUUCACUCCAGAGAAGAAAGCAGUCGCCCGUGCUCCACGUCGGCUACCGGCCGUCGGAAGAAAGAAGAAGGUCGAUUCGGCCGACUCAGACUCCAAGGAAGACUCGGAUGAGCCAGAGCACAAGGCUGGGACAGUGGCGAAGUUGGGAUCGGACUCGGACUCGGACUCGGAUGUCUCUGUGAAGAAGGCUCCACGGGGCCGGAGGCCGGUGGAGAAGCCAGCCCCGAAGGCCCGCGGCCGGAAGCCCAAGCCCGAACGUGUCCCGACCAGCUCCAGCAGUGACAGCGACAGCGACAGCGGCGUGGACCGCAUCAGCGCGUGGAAGCGGCGGGAUGAGGAGCGGCGCCGCGAGCUGGAGCAGAAGCGGCGCCGCGAGCAGGAGGAAGAGUUGCGGCGACGCCGGGAGCAGGAACGAGAGGAGAAAGAGCGGGAGAAGGAGCGGAAGAAGGAGCGAGGGGAGGCGGCGGCGGCGGCGGCGGCGGGAGGUGCGGGGAGCAGCGGCGACGAGGUCGGGGAUGCCGAUGAGCCGGCGGCCAGGAAGGGCGGCAGGAAGGGCCGCGGGCGGGUCCCGUCGUCCUCCGACUCGGAGCUGGACAAGGAAGUGAAAAAACCGGUGAAGAAGUCACUGUCCCAGUCCCAGGAGUCAUCGCGGAAGUCCAACCAGCAGGAGAAGAGGAGCCGCUCAGAGGAGAAGCCCCGAGCAAAGCCCGUGAAAGUGGAGCGUGCCAGGAAGAGGUCUGAAGCCCUGCCGGACAGGAGGGUGGAGAAGAAGAAGGAGCCUUCUGUGGAGGAGAAGUUGCAGAAGCUGCAUGGCGAGAUCAAGUUUGCCCUGAAGGUCGAUAACCCGGAUGUGAAGAGGUGUCUGAGUGCGCUUGAAGAGCUGGGCAGCCUGCAGGUGACCUCCCAGAUUCUCCAGAAGAACACCGACGUUGUGGCCACAUUAAAAAAGAUCCGCCGCUACAAAGCCAACAAAGAAGUGAUGGAGAAAGCGGCCGAGGUCUACGCGCGCCUCAAGUCCCGGGUCCUCGGGCCCCGGCCGGACUCCGGCCAGAGAGCUGCCAGCCGGGCUGGGCCAGAGAAAAACAAAGCGGAGGCGGAGAAGGGAGAGGAAGCCCCCGGCAAGAAGAUGGAGGAGGACCUGAAUGCCACACCUGUGAAUGGCGAAUCUACCCCACAGAAGGGCCCCGGCCCUGGGGCCGAGGCCAAGGCGGUAGAAGAGCUAAGCUCAGAAGAGAAGAAAGGGUUGACAUCCUCUGACCUGCAUAUCAAGCAGUAUUUUGGAGGAAGGGGCCAAGGUCUCCAGCCAGUCUGCCGGGCAGCACCUCGACCACCUGCUGGGAUGCAGGACCAUUCGGUGAGAUGAGGGUUGGAGCACGGCGGGAACCUCUGCAUCACGUGGGCCACCGGCUCAGCCACGGACAUCCAGUGACAUAGGAGAGAGGCCUCAGGGGGGCCCAGCACACACCCCAGGGCAUCCCCUUGGGCCCCCCAUCGUCCCCAGGUCUGAAAUCCCUCCUGCUCCCAAGGUCCACUCGAAGAAAGAGAAAUGGGGAGGGCGGAGGCGUGAAACCUGCCCUGGAGGGAAGGUCCCAAGGAACCAGUUUCCAUUAAAGGGAUCGCAAGAUGCCCCCAUGAUGUCAGCCCUGAUUUACAGUCGCUGGAUGGAGGCCGAGGUUUAGGGCCUGGAGAUGGGGACGGGG